CAUCCCUGAGUGGAGACCAUGUCGUUUUUAUUCAUAUUUUUGUAUUUUCUUUGCGGCUAUAGCCAUUGGGUUGUGGCACACUAUGACACACCGAUUCAGACGUUUGUAAUUCCUCAUAGUCACAUGGACGUUGGCUGGGUUUAUACAGUUCAGGAAAGCAUGCAUGCUUAUGCUGCCAAUGUGUAUACCAGUGUGACGGAGGAGCUGUCGAAGGCCAAGGACCGCAGAUUCAUAGCUGUGGAGCAGGAGUUCUUCCGACUCUGGUGGAAUUAUGUAGCCACCGAGUCUCACAAGAAACAAGUAAGGCAGCUCAUCAAAGAAAGCCGCCUUGAGUUUAUCAUUGGUGGCCAAGUGAUGCAUGAUGAAGCAGUAACGGAUCUGGAGGAUGAAAUAUUGCAACUAACAGAAGGCCAUGGGUUUCUUUAUCAGACGUUUGGGGUGCGUCCUCAGUUUUCAUGGCACGUGGACCCAUUUGGAGCAUCUGCCACGACGCCUGUCCUGUUUGCUUUAGCUGGAUUCAAUGCUCAUCUCAUCUCCCGUAUCGACUACGACCUAAAAGACUUCAUGCAGAAACAUAAGCAAUUGGAGUUUGUAUGGCAGGGGUCCCCAACACUCAAAAAGAAGCAGGAGAUCUUCACUCACAUCAUGGACCAGUUCAGCUACUGCACUCCCUCUUAUCUGCCCUUCUCCAACAGCUCUGGCUUCUACUGGAAUGGCGUUGCCUUGUUUCCAGAUCCACCUAAAGAUGGAGUGUAUCCCAACAUGAGCCUGCCGGUCACCAAGGAGACGGUUCAUGCGUAUGCUAAGACUAUGGUGGCCAAUAUCAAGCAGAGGGCGGCAUGGUUUCGGACUAACCAUGUGCUUUGGCCAUGGGGUUGCGACAAACAGUUCUACAACUCCUCAGUGCAGUUCAGCAACAUGGACCCUUUAAUGAAGUACAUCAAUCAAAAUAGCAAAGAUUUUGGUCUGACUGUGCAGUAUGCAACACUCAGUGAGUACUUCAAGGCUGUCCAUCAGUCAGAUCUGGUCUGGGACGUCCGUGGCAGUGGAGAUUUCCUGCCCUACUCCACCGAACCGUAUCAGGCCUGGACCGGGUUCUACGCUUCCAGAAACACCCUGAAGGGGGUAGCACGUCGGGCCAGUGCCCGGCUGCAUGCAGCGGAGACUCUUUUCACACUCUACAGGAUCAGUUUCCCUGACGGACCUGUAGCGAAGGAGUGGGCCUUGGACAAGCUGAGAGCUCUGCGGUGGGCUGUGGCUGAGGUCCAGCAUCACGAUGGCAUCACCGGCACAGAGUCCCCUAAAGUGGCAGACAUGUACAUGCAGCACCUGUCGCAGGCCAUGAUGGAGGUGGAGGAGCUGCUGGCUGCUCUCUUUCUGCUGCCCCACAAGCAUCCAAACCCUGCUCCCCUCAGCUCAACCUCCGAACAAGAUGGUCCUAAAACUUUGGAGCAACACGUCAUUGUCUACAAUCCAUUGGCGUGGAACAUCACAACUGUCAUCAACAUCACUGUUGGGUUUCCAGUUGCUGCCGUUUUUGAAGACGGCAGACUACCUGUACCUUCCCAGAUUCAGAGGUCAGUGUUGUCAAAUGUGACCUAUGACCUUUUCUUCGUGGCUGACCUGGGUGGUCUUCAGCAGAAGAAGUACACCGUUCAGUUUUCAGGGAGUCCCUGCGCACAGGAGUCCAUGUGCCGCCCCACCUUCGUAGCCCAAGGAGUCAUUUUUGAAAGACGGAAUGUCAAAGAAUGGAACAGACCUGGGCGGAGGCUCCUCCCAGUUCACAACGACUAUUACAAGCUAAUGUUUGACCAAGACUCCAACUUACUCCACAGCAUCACUUAUUUACCAGAAAAAAGAAGAGUGCGAAUGAGGCAGGAUUUCUGGGAGUACCGGGCAAACGGGGAUGUGAAAGCAGGGCCGAUCUCUGAUAACUACAUCUUUAGCUCCAAUGUGUCCGCAGUGCGAGCCUAUGAGGCCGUGGAGAUGGAGGUUUUCCCAGGGAAGAUUGUGACUGAAAUUCGCCAGUACUUCUACAGAGAGGAAGCGGACAAGGAUCCGGCUUUCUCCAUCAUCACACGCGUGCCAGGAUUCUGUGGAAGGGAAGCGGCGUGUCAUCGACUAGAGCAGAGCUACUCACUGGGCCCACUCAAGCUCAACACAGAGGUCAUCCUGCUGACCAGCACCUCACUGGGGAACAACAGGACGCUCUACACCGAUGACAACGGCUAUCAAAUGAUGAAGAGGAAGUACAGGAAGUUUGCUAACAACACCUUGGCAAGGAACUACUAUCCCAUGACCCGAGCGGCCUUCAUAGAGGAUGACCUCAGCAGAGUGGUUCUGCUCAGCGACCGAGCUCAUGGAGUUUCCAGCCAAGCCGACGGACAGCUGGAGGUCAUGCUCCACCGCCGUCUGUGGAACAACUUGCCCUGGAAUCUCGGCUACAACCUGACGCUGAACGACAGCUCUGUGGUUCUGCCCACACUGUGGCUGAUGGUCGGAUCGAAAACCACCAUGUCCAAGCUUCAUCAAAGGGAGGCGGUAAAGCUGCAGCACAGACCUGUGGUCAUGGUUAUUGACCAACCAAAGAUGAAGAAGCUGUCAACACCUGUAACCUCAGUGGUCCUGCCACAGAACCUCCACCUGCUCAGCCUCAGUGUGCCCGGAUGGAACUACAGCUCUAACCACAGCGAUCACCUGAACAACAUUCACUGGGGUGAGGGUGUGACACCAGAGUCGGACUACAACAGAGUCCUCUUGAGGAUCAUACAUCUCUAUGAGGAAGGAGAGGAUGCUGAGUUGUCAAAGCCUGUCACUAUAAACCUGAAGGAUGUGCUGGCAGGACUAGGAGACGUGAGAAUGUUUGAGGAACGCUCUCUAACGGGAAUCUGGGAUGUUGGCAGUCUGCAGAGGUGGAAGUGGAAGACUGCAUAUGAAGGAGAAAGGACUGAGAAACACUCUGAAAGCCAAGUCUCAGGAGAGAAAAGAGAUUCAAGUUUCAGUGUGACUAUCUCCCCCAAAGAAAUCAGGACCUUCUUUGUUUAUUUCAACACUGCAGUGCAAUAGCGCUGUAUUUCUAUGAAGAUUGAUGAAGGAAAUCCUUCACUUCUUUUGCUAUGCUGUUAUUCAAGCUGAUUUUGCACUAGAGACUGUGAUUCCUCUCAAACCACACGCUCACCCUUCUAGGCCUCUUUGUCUGAACUGAAUAAAAUGAGUGUUUUCGUGAGAAUUUCUGGCUGCAUUCUCUGGCUGAUGAUCGGAACUGUUUUAAAAAAUAGUUUGUGUGUCUGGAGCACUUCAUCCUACCAUGAAAGGCAACGUUUUCAGCCACAGUGCCUGUGCAAAAUGAUGACCAUACUUGACAGAGAUUACUGCUAAAAUUGUAGA